AUGGAAACUCCUCCAUGGGAAGCACUUAUUCUCGUAGCUAACUACCUUGACCCCAAAACACUGGCCAUAGCUUCAUGCGUGUCAAAGUCAUGGUUCUCUUCAAUGUCCUCUGAUCAUCUUUGGAAACCCAUCUUAGCCACCCAUUUUCCCUCUCUCUUCACUCUUCCACCCUCCGCCGCCGCCGCCGCCUCCUUCCGCCGCCUCUUUGCAAUAGGCCACGCCGCAGCCACGCGCCGCCACAUGAAGCCUUCAAAGCCCAAACUCUCGCUCAACGACCUCGUCUUUGCCAUUUCCAUUUCCCACCGAAACUCCCGCGUAGUUUCCACGGCAAGCGAUUGUGACGCGCUUGCAGUGGAUUACCCCGGCGUGUUCCGGUUCGGGGUUGGCUUUGACGACCCCGUUUUGAGCGAGGGUUUGGAGGAGGUGAGGGUUGCGUGGAACGUGGUGUUGAAAGGGUGGAGAGGGGUUUUCACCAUGAUGGAGUGUGAGGGGAAGGUGGAAUUUGUGGCCGGCGGUGAGGGGUGGUUCUCACAGGAGCUUCCGGCGCCGGGGUGUUGCUCGAAUGCGGUGGCGAGUGCGGUGGUGGCGGAUUUGAAGAUAGGGAUGUGCGGUAGCGGUGAAGGGAGUAGGAAGGUGAGGGUGGAGAAGGUGAGUGUGGGAAUUUUGAGUGUUGUGGAUUGGAGGUAUGUUAGCGUUGAAGAUGGUCUUAGGUACUUGGAACAUUUUCUUCUCACCUGCGGUUCAUAA